AUGAAGCCACUUAGCCUCUCUCUACUCACAGUGACCAUCCUUCUUUGCUGUGACAUGACUCAGCCUACAUUCAGAAAGGGGAUGUCUGUAGACAAACCAGGGUAUUGCCCAGAGUUUCAUCUUUCCUGCCCUUUUACCCUCCUUCCCAUAUGCUGGAGGGAUAGAAGCUGCAGAGGAGCUAAAAAGUGUUGCUUCUUCUACUGUCAGAUGCGCUGUGUGGAACCAUGGCACACUUUGGAUUAG